CAGAGCCGAGGGCAACACACACACACACACACACACAGAGACAGACGCGCGCACGCGCACUGCACUACAUCGUAUCCACUAAUUGCGCCAUCUGUGGAGUGUUUGGCGUGUUUUGCGCAAACCUCCUCGCGCAGCCAGCCGCACACUCCCUCCUCGCGCCGCUCCACCGAGGACCUCCCGAAGUUGGAGACGGUAAACUUCAGAGAGCCGCCGCGGAGCACCGGGAGCACCGGGACACCUUUCCACGCGCGGACUUACUUAGUGGUUAUUCUCGCCACUUUGUUGCAGUUUUUUUUCUUCUGUUUUUUUCUUCUUCUUCUCUUCCUGCGUUUGCAGAAGGGGGAGGAAGAGGAGGACCAGGAGGACCAGGAGGUGGACCCACUCGGCCGCCGGUCUCGUGGCUUCUUUGUAUACAGCCGCCGCCGCAGCUGCUGCGCGUGCCACUGCGCGGAGGACGCGCCGCUUCACGGACCGCUUGUUCCAAAAACCUGCACGCGCGCGCGUUUCCAUCGGGUUGAAGCGGCCGAACCAGGUGUAGAAGAAGGAUAUCACCCCCCCCCCCACACCUCCCCCCGGCCACAGUCUCAUUCAACCCGCAAAGCUCGGGUCUCUCUCUCUCUCCCCCCGUGUGCGCGCGCGCUGGGAUCGUAAACGACAGAAACGCGUCGAUCUCCGUGCAGACUACAGCUGCCCGGCUCCCGCAUACACGCGCACACACGCACGCGCGCGCAUACACCAUGGAUGUACGGUUUUAUCCGGCCGCUGGUGGGAAUCCUCUUCCAGGAGAAGCAUCGAACCUGGAUUUCGCGCAUUGUUUGGGCUACUACAACUUCAACAAGUUCCAGAACAACAACAACAACAACUACAUGAACACGGCGGAGGCGAACUGCGCGCUGCUCGCUGCCGGAGACACGUUCCACACGCCCAGCCUGGGCGACGAGGAGUUUGAGAUCCCUCCCAUCACGCCGCCCCCCGAGGCGGAGCCCGGCCCGGGUCUGUCGGAUGGGGACGCCCCCUUCCCGGAGGCCCCGCCUCCUCACAGGGGCCUCCUGAACCCCCAGUUCCCCUCCCAGAGCCUGGACCUGCCCUCCAUCACCAUCUCACGCAACACCAUGGAGCCGGAGGGGCCGGCCGGCGGGGGCCAACCCGUGAACGUCGGAGCGGGCCACCGCCGCCAGUACCCGGCCAACCCGGCCAACCCGGCCAUGGUGAUGAAGUCCAUCAUCGGCAUGAACAGCCCCAACGGGAUGCUGUCCCGCAAUCAGCUGACCACCAUCAACCAAUCGCAGCUCAACGCGCAGCUGAGCCUCAACAUGGCGGGACCCAACGGCGCACACGCCUCGCCGUCGCCGCCCGUCAGCAAGUCGGCCACGCCGUCGCCCGCCAGCUCCAUCAACGAAGACGAGCAGGACGAAGGCAACAGGGUCAUCGCGGAGAAGAGACCGGCGCCCGUCGAUCCGGCCAAGAAGCCCAAGACCCCCAAGAAGAAGAAGAAGAAGGACCCCAACGAGCCUCAGAAGCCGGUCUCGGCCUACGCGCUGUUCUUCAGAGACACGCAGGCCGCCAUCAAGGGCCAGAACCCCAACGCCACCUUCGGAGAGGUGUCCAAGAUAGUGGCGUCCAUGUGGGACGGACUGGGGGAGGAGCAGAAGCAGCUUUACAAAAGCAAAACGGAAGCGGCCAAGAAGGAAUAUCUCAAAGCCCUCGCGGUGUACCGAGCCAGCCUGGUGUCCAAGGCAGCUGCGGAGUCAGCCGAGGCCCAGACCAUCCGCUCGGUGCAGCAGACGCUGGCCUCCACCAGCCUGUCCCCGGGUCUGGUGAUGCCGUCCCCCCUCAACCAGCACCCCUCCAUGUCUGCGGCUGCGCAGGCGCUCCAGCUCGCCAUGCCGCGGGCCAUCGCCCCCAAACCUCUGCAGAUGAGACUCGGGGGCAACCAGAUCGUGACCUCGGUGGCCGUCUCCCACCCCAACAUGUCCUCCUCCGGGAUGCACGGCCAGAUGGGGGCGGGCGGCGGGGGGGGCAUGGCGGCGGGCGCCCAGUCCACGGCGGUGUCUCAGAUGAGCCCCCCGGUGCAGCAGCACGCCAUGCAGCAGAUGCAGCAGCAGCAGCAGAUGCAGCAGCACCUCCAGCACCACCAGAUGCAGCAGCAGCAGAUGCACCACCAGCAGAUCCAGCAGCAGAUGCAGCAUCAGCAUUUCCAACACCACCUCCAGCAGCAGCUGCAGCAGCACCACAUCCAGCAGCAGCAGCAACAACAACAGCACCAACAACAGCACCAACAACAGCAGAUGCAGCAGCAGCAGCUGCACCAGCAGCAGCACCAGCAGCAGCUCCAGCAGCAGCAGCAGCAGCAGCAGUCCCAGUGUUCCCCCCCCCAGCACUCUCCGGGUACCCCCCACUCGGCGUCGCUCGGCAGCCCCCAGCCGGCCCCCCCCCCCCAGCAGCAGCAGCCCCACCCCUCUCAGGUCCUGUCCCAAGUCAGCAUCUACUGAGCCCAACGGAAGAGAACCAAAAGCGGCGUCUCCACGUUUGCUUUUUCUUUAGUUGCACUUCAAAAGUGAGAAAGAAGUUGAGAAUGUUCUCCAGAGAAGGUGGGUCCUUUGCUCCAGACGGAUAUGCACACGCGUGUACAGGAGGGGGUCCACAUGUCCGCCGGGCUUCUGUUUAUGAAAUAGGCUGAGCGAUAUGACACCAGCUCCCGGGGGGUUGUUUAUCUGUUUAUCUGUUUAUUUGUUUGUGCUCCCGGUUUUCAAUUUAAACCGAGCGACACGUGGAAGGACGAGCGACCUUCGCUGUUUUUAUUUAACAAUAAAGCUUUAUUUAUGAGGCCGCAGUUCAACACGAGGACCGGAGAGCUCAGCGCCCAGAGACGCUUCACGGACCCCCGUCCAGAGGAGGGGGAGGGGCCGCCGUCCCCGAGGAGACGUUUAAAAAAACACAAACUGCCACGAAACACGGCAUGACGUCAUCGAGCCGCCGCCGCCCGAUGUCACCGUGUUGUAGCGCGAGGCUCGACGAGACCUCGACAACCAAUAAUCUGAACUGGCACCCCCCCCCCUCCCUCUAAAAGAUCUUUCUCCUCUUUGUUUUUACUUGAGAUGUUUAAAACGAUUUAAAUUAUGUUUUUAUUUUGUGAAACAGAAGGGGAUAUUUUAUGGUAAACACGCGUCGAGGCAGAUGGUUCUGGGAUGUAUUUUUACUCGUUGAUACGUCGUUUAAAGAAGAAGAUGAAGACGAAGAUGAAGAAGAAGAUGAAGAAGAAGAACUAGCAGAAACUGCCAAAGCCGACCGACUGGAAGAGACGUCCCACUUAUUUUCCCUGGAGAAUAAAGAAAUAAAACUUGUACAUUUUUCAUAUCACAUGUUGUAAAGUUUUAAUAUGUGAGGCUUUAAUUAAAAACAUUGUUAAACGACCUGUGGAUUGCUAUAUCACAUAGUGCAUUUCUGCUCUUUUAUACUUUUUUAUGAGUUCCAAUAGCAGCAGAUAUUCAUUUUGUUUGUAUUUUGCUUACGAACCUUUUGAAAAACUGUCCAUAGAAAUAAAAUAAAAUGCAUAUCGGUUCUGGAGUGGAUGGAAAGGGUUUCAGCUCACGAUGAAUAGAGAUAAAAAAGGUAAUUUAAUGUUUGAGUUGUUGAAUCCAGAGACAUUCCAUCCCUGAUAUGACAGUAGCCAUAAUUUUGUAUGAAGUAUUAUAUAUUUCUUUGUGUCUCUGUUCAAAAUUAAAACUAUCAACCACA